CACCUCCCAUCUGGCAAUCAAGUGCACAUGCCAUGCAUCUAAGACAUUCUUCUCUCGCCGACGGAUGGCACAGCGACGCAUACAGCUUCAACAAACUGAUUGGCAGCGCGUGAUACCCUCAAAAGCAAGGAAGAUGGCUACCUUUGUCGCAAAUCCGCAGCUGGCGAAAGACACGAAUCCCAAGGACUGGGCGUAUCAUCUGGGCUGCCUGCCUUUCAACGACUACAUUGUGUUUACCAAGCAAGAUCUGCUCGCCUUUCUCAAGUCGCACGGCAUCGAGGUAGGGCCCAACUACACCGAGAUCAAUAAAUUGCCGAAAUACGCCACCAUCGGGUCUUUCUCCUCUGAUCCCUCCGGCGCUUGGAGAGACCCGGUGGCUUUGAAUGAUGCACACGUUACCUCGACUGUCAAGAGCUCUAGCACCCCGGCUGCCGCUGCGUCGUCGAACCAGGUGCGCAUGCCAGAUGGGGACGUGUUCAGAGCAAGUCGUCGAGUGCGCGAGCCUGUUGGCGGGGGCAGCGAGCAGGUGGGGAGCCUUUUCGCUCCCAUGGAUGAAAAGAACGACCAGAUUGUCCUCGGGGGCGGAGGGACAGGCAGGCAAGGCGCGGCCCCUCCGGCAGCAGACGUUGACCAGUUUGCAUCGCUAGCCGUCUUGGAUCCCGGAAGGUCCUCUUCCCCUGCCACCAGUACCAUGCAAGUGCAUGACGCCUCCGGUGCCGCCUUCAAGCCGACACGCCGCGUGAGAGAGGCGGUCGGUGGGGGCAGCGAGCAGGUCGCUAGCUUGUUUGCGCCUGUCGAUGCAUACGACGAAAGCUCUGCCACAUUGGCAGGCGGCAAGGGGAGGAGGGGCAUGGCGGCGCGGGUGGGUGACAAUGCCUCAUCAGCCUGGGCAGAUGGUAAUGGCGAUAGAAACGCCGGAAGAAGGGGCGAUGCACAUGCUGCGACGCAGGAAGAUCUGGACCGGGCGCAGAGGGAACAAGUCGCCGCUCAGACAUUCAGGCCGACACGUCGGGUGAGAGAGGCCGGUGGCACAGGCGGCACAUCCAGCAUUGUGCUUGGCUGAGAGGAGGCAGCGCGCAACUUUCGCAUCAUCAAAGUGAUACCCAACCAUUAUUCUCUAUUCAGGCAACACGAAUGUGCCGUGUGGCCAUUAUCAUCAGUAAUACAAAUGCCUUCCUGUGCGAACGGGUAUCUACUGGCGUACGAGAAUUUGGGUACAAGCUAUGGAUUCUGCUGAAAGUUUGCCUGGAUGAGCAACGGGACGAGAUCAGGUGUGGUUUCAUAAUAGUCGAGGUUAAAGAUGCAUUUCAGUGGGUUGGUCGCCCCAUUCCACGGGAGGGGCGCGACCGCGCCCUUCUCGCCUAAAGCUGCCAGAGGGCUCGUCCUGCUGGCUUGUAACAGUUGGUUCGC